GCAGCCCCCAGUCAGGGCUGUCUGAUACCUUUCCAACCACGUGAGAGCGUUCACUGAUAAUGAGAUCAUUGGAUCUCAGACCAGAUUCCCAGUCUCAGCUGAAAUUACCGUUGGCUAGGAUUCUUACUAUUACUACUGAAGGAGGCAUUGGAGAGGAGGAUUUCUCCCUUAGGGUGGGGAAAUCUGUAACGAUUCAGCACUGCUGGAUUUCCCCUGCCAAUGGCAAUCGCUCCGAUCAGCUGCUGUGAUCAGCCUCAGGAGUGUGAUGGCUGUUGGCUUUUCCCCCUUGUGUGGCGACAAUGAGCACAAACCACAGCUGAUGGAAAUGAAGGAUGUGUGUCCUGCAGUCCUGCUGGUGUUUGUGUGGGGCUGAGACCGGCGGUUCCAACCCAAGGGAGGGGAAGCACCUUUCUGCGAGGCUCGAUUUCUCCGCACUUUGUCAUUUUUUUCUCUCUCUUUUUCUUUGGCAUCUGUAUUUUCAGCUGCACAUCUGCCAACUGUGUGCUGAAGAGCUAAACGUGGAGCAUUUAUCAUUGGGAUUAAUCAUUUUACUGAGCAAAGGCUUCUUACAUCCCGAAAUAUUCGAGAUCAAAGCUCUGAAAAACAAAGCUGUUGCAUUAUAGAAGAGAGGAGACAUUUUCUUGGUUCGGUUGAUAGAACAGAUGAAAUAUCUGCGCAUAAUGCAAGUUGGUGUCAGAAGAUUCGUGUAACUACAGCCUCUUUAGCAUUUUGUCUUUGCAUCUUCUGAAUAAUUACGAGCUGCUGAAUAAUAUAUUUCUCCCAAUCUGCGCAAAGCCUCCCUAACCUUCCUGCGGAGACAUUUGUGCGCGCUUUAAUUAAUAGAUGGGGUUAUUUAUCCUGUCUGGAGCUGCCCAUCCCCGUGGCCAUGCCGUAAGGAGCGGCUCCUGCUGUCAGUGUCGCCUUUUGCAGGAGGAGAAGCUUUGUGCGAGGAGAUUCCCCACCACGGUUUUGAUUCUGGAGGUUUCUGCAGAGCAGGAAUACAGAAAACCAUAAAUAUGUAUCGUGGGUCGGUCAGCGUUGGAGAUCAGCGCGUCCAUCUCCUAGGAGAUGCUGCCGGGUUUGAUAAGAUUUUGUAAUUAAACAGAAGUUAACGGGCAGAGGGGAGAUGUGGCUCCUUUGGUUCUUGCCUCCCCUGUAGCAGAUUUGUGCACAAACCCCCAUUUCGGAGCUGCAUUUCUGGAGGCUGUUCCCAUCUCGUUUGUCAGCCAGAAAUAAUUUCUGCCUCUUUUGUGUUGUUUUUCUUUUGUCUUAAACAGAAGGAAAUUUGUGUUUGGUGCAGUGGGUGAGGGCUGAGCAUCGGGAGUUUUAUUUCACUUGUUGUAGAGCCUUUCACGGCUCAAUUCCUGCUUCCUACCCUUAAAAUGCCGUUACUGCUUUUCCUCUUCCUAAUAACAAAACUGCAGUGGGUAAAAGGAGCCGGAGAUGUCUUUGAGGUGCCGGAUGACGUGCAGAACGAGAGCCUUUCUGAGCGCCGUGCGGUGCACGUGGUUAAUUGCUCCUUGGGAUUAUGACAGUGAGUUGUGAUUUUUUGUUGUAGAAUGAACUUCAUUUGGUGAGAGACCGGCAUGUUUUCUUCUGUUGGCUGUUCUUUCUGGCUCAUGGAUCACGAGAAUUCUGGGCACGUGAAAUGCCCAACGUGAAACGUUGUGCUCACACUGUGCUGAUCAGCAGAGAUUUGGGAUGGCGGACACGGACCUUUUUAUGGAAUGUGAGGAGGAGGAGCUGGAGCCAUGGCAGAAGAUCAGUGAUGUGAUUGAAGAUUCUGUGGUUGAGGAUUAUAACUCGGUCGAUAAAACUACUACGGCCGGCAACCCUCUUGUUCAGCAAGGCGGGCAGCCCCUGAUCCUCACCCAGAACCCAAGCUCGGGUCUGGGCACCAUGGUGACCCAGCCAGUGUUAAGACCCGUGCAGAUCAUGCAGAAUGCCAACCACGUCACGAACUCCCCGGUGACCAGCCAGCCCAUCUUCAUCACCACCCAGGGAUUUCCUGUGCGGAACGUGCGGCCUGUGCAAAACACCAUGAAUCAAGUGGGAAUCGUUCUGAAUGUGCAGCAGGGUCAGACAGUCAGACCCAUCACCCUCGUCCCAGCCCCAGGUACGCAGUUUGUCAAACCAGCAGUUGGCGUUCCUCAGGUGUUCUCCCAGGUGGCCCAGGUGAGACCAGGUACGACCAUGCCGGUCCGACCCACCACCAACACUUUCACUACGGUCAUUCCGGCCACGCUCACCAUCAGGAGCACAGUGCCGCAGUCCCAGUCACAACAGCAAAGUAAGUCCUCUCCCAGCACCUCCACAACUCCUACUGCAACGCAGCCAACACCUCUGGGACAGUUAACUGUGCAGCAGCCAGGGCAGUCCAGUCAAGCUACUAACCCCAAAUUAGUGAGCAUCGCAAGCUUUGUGACCGUGAAGAGACCUGGAGUGACUGGUGAGAACAGCAACGAGGUUGCCAAGCUGGUGAACACCCUGAACACUGUUCCCUCGCUGGGGCAGAGCCCUGGCCCGAUGGUGGUGUCCAACAGCAGCCCGGUGCAUGGCUCCCAGAGAUCCAGCGUGUCGGAAUCGUCGUCGUCAUCGUCGUCGUUGAAAGUCAGUUCAUCUCCAAUCCCCACCUUUGACUUGCAAGAUGGUGGCAGGAAGGUCUGCCCACGGUGCGAUGCUCAGUUCCGAGUCACCGAAGCUUUAAGAGGACAUAUGUGCUACUGCUGCCCUGAAAUGGUGGAAUUCCUCAAGAAAAGAAAAUCUCUCGAUUCUGAACCAAAUAUCCAAUCUGCAAAGCCUCCAUCUCCAGAAAAAAACACAGCUGUUGCUUCCCCACCCUCUUCCACUCCUAUCCCUGCACUGUCCCCACCUGCUAAAGCUCCAGAGCCAAGUGAAGGCGUGGUUGACUCGUCCCAAAGUAAGCUCAUCAUGUUGGUGGAUGACUUCUACUAUGGCAGAGACGGUGGCAAAGUGAGCCAGCUGCUGAACUUCCCCAAGGUUCCGACUUCGUUCCGGUGUCCGCACUGCACCAAGAGGCUAAAGAACAACAUACGAUUUAUGAACCACAUGAAGCACCACGUGGAACUGGACCAGCAGAACGGAGAGGUGGACGUGCACACCAUCUGCCAGCACUGCUACAGGCAGUUCUCCACUCCGUUUCAGCUCCAGUGCCACUUAGAGAACGUCCACAGUCCCUAUGAGUCAACAACAAAGUGCAAGAUUUGUGAAUGGGCAUUUGAGAGCGAGCCGAUGUUCCUGCAGCACAUGAAAGACACGCACAAGCCGGGGGAAAUGCCCUAUGUUUGCCAGGUGUGCCAGUACCGCUCCUCGCUGUACUCAGAGGUGGACAGCCACUUCCGAAUGAUCCACGAGGACACGCGGCACCUGCUCUGCCCCUACUGCCUGAAGGUCUUCAAGAACGGCAACGCCUUCCAGCAGCACUUCAUGAGGCACCAGAAGAAGAGUGUUUAUCAUUGCAACAAGUGCAGACUCCAAUUCCUGUUUGCCAAGGAUAAAAUUGAACACAAGCUGCAGCAUCACAAAACGUUCCGAAAGCCCAAACAGUUGGAAGGAUUGAAGCCUGGAACCAAGGUGACAAUCAGAGCAUCCCGAGGACAGCCCCGGACGGUGCCCAUCUCUUCGAACGACAUGGGGCAGAGUGCUGGGCAGGACGCCGUGCCGCUCUCCUCUGCUGACCCGCAGCCCAUCUUCCUGUAUCCGCCCGUCCAGAGGAGCGUCCAGAAAAGAGCCGUCAAAAAAAUGAGCGUCCUGGGCAGGCAGACCUGCCUGGAGUGCAGCUUUGAGAUCCCUGACUUCCCGAACCACUUCCCCACCUACGUCCACUGCUCGCUGUGCCGCUACAGCACGUGCUGCUCCCGAGCCUACGCCAACCACAUGAUCAACAACCACGUUCCCAGGAAGAGUCCCAAGUACUUGGCUUUGUUCAAGAACUACACUGCCUGUGGUGUGAAGCUGUGCUGCUCCUCCUGCCUCUUUGCAUCGUCGGAGGGUGAUGUAAUGGCCAAGCAUUUGGUCUUCAACCCAUCACAUGAGUUCAGCAACAUUAUUUUCCGAGGGCCUACUUGGAUAUCACAUUCCAGGCACAUCCAGCCCCAGGACAGAAGCAUGAAGAACACGUGCCCUGCCUAUUCCCCCAGUAAAGCUGCUACUGUGAAAACUAAGUCCGUGUUACCCGCGAAGGAUGACCUGGAGCCCGAAGUGGCACUGGCAGCCCACACCCGGCCCCUGCUCUGCCAGGAGGAAGAGUGCUUGAAUAUCGAUGCUCAGGAAGACGAGCAGCCAAUGAAGGAGGCGGAAGCUGCAAGCAGAAAGGAGCAGCUGUCGGUGAAGAAGCUGCGGGUGGUUCUGUUUGCGUUGUGCUGCAGCACCGAGCAGGCGGCCGAGCACUUCCGGAACCCGCAGCGGCGCAUCAAGCGCUGGCUCCGGAGGUUCCAGGCUUUCCAAGAGGAGAACUUGGCGUCGCUGUCGGAGGGCAAAUACCUGAGCUUGGAGGCCGAGGAGAAGCUGGCGGAGUGGGUGCUCACCCAGCGGGAGCAGCAGCUCCCGGUCAACGAGGAGACGCUCUUCCAGAAGGCCACGAAGCUCGGCCGCUCCCUGGAGGGCGGCUUCAAGAUCUCCUACGAGUGGGCCGUGCGGUUCAUGCUGCGGCACAACCUCAGCAUGCACGCGCGGAGGGCGGUGGCCCACGCGCUCCCCAAAGAGGUGGAGGACAACGCCAGCUGCUUCAUCGAGUUCGUGCAGCGGCAGAUCCACACGCAGGACCUGCCCCUCUCCAUGAUCGCGGCCAUCGACGAGAUCUCCCUCUUCCUCGACGUGGAGGUGCUGAGCAGCGACGACAAGAAGGAGAACGCUCUGCAGACGGUGGGGACUGGCGAGCCCUGGUGCGACGUGGUCCUCACCAUCCUCGCCGACGGGAGCGUUCUCCCCACGUUGGUCUUCUACAGAGGUCACGUCCAGCAGCCCGCCAACGUGCCUGAAUCCAUCAUACUGGAAGCGAAGGAGAACGGCUACAGCGACGACGAAGUCAUGGAGCUGUGGGCAUCGCGAGUGUGGCAGAAGCACACCGAGUGCCAGAACAGCAAGGGCAUGCUGGUGCUGGAUUGCCACCGAACGCACCUCUCGGAGGAGGUACUGUCCCUGCUGAGUGCUUCCAGCACUCUCCCGGCUGUCGUGCCCGCCGGCUGCAGCUCCAAAAUCCAACCCCUGGAUGUUUGUAUAAAAAGGACUGUGAAAAAUUUCUUGCAUAAAAAGUGGAAAGAGCAGGCCAAGGAGAUGGCGGACUCCACGUGCGAUUCGGACAUCCUUCUCCAGUUGGUUUUGUGCUGGCUGGCGGAGGUGCUGGAGGUCAUCAGUGACUCUCCCGAACUCGUGCAGCAGUCCUUCCUGGUGGCCAGCGUGCUGCCGGGGCCGGACGGCACGGCCAACUCGGCCACGCGCAACGCCGACAUGCAGGAGGAGCUGAUCGCGGCGCUGGAGGAGCAGCUGAAGUUGGGCGAGGAGCAGCAGCCGCAGGAGGCGGCGGAGGGAGAGGAUCAGCCCCAGAACGAGGAGUGCGCCGACCCCGAGAUCCUGCACCAGCUCUUCGAGGGGGAGAGCGAGACUGAGUCGUUUUACGGCUUCGAAGACGCCGAGUUGGAUCUGAUGGAAAUCUGAGCACUGAUCUGCGAGCUGGUGAUCUGGAAAGGGUUGUUUUUUCAAUAAAUGUUGGAUGAGACCAUUACACUUCCCUGUGGAUUUGUGGGUUUAGGAAAUUUGUAGGCGAUCACUCAGAUAAAUAGCCAUUUAUGCUGUUCAUUUAUAAGUUUUGUGCUUUUUUAAAGAAAAAUCACUGUGUUGGUAUUUUCUGAAAAUAUAUUGUGGGUGAAUAUUUUUGCGUUUUCUUUACCUCACUGUAUCAUAGUUUUCUGUUUUUAUUGUGCAGAAAUGUUUUGAAUUAUACAUUGUCAAUGUGACCAUUUCUAAAGAAAGGAGAACAGAUGUAGCUGACGAACCGGUAUAUAAACCUUUUGGAUGUCUUAACACAGGUUGUUUUUUUUUAACACUUGACCCGGAGCUUUAGGUUUCUGUGCUGAAUUUAGGUAUGAACGAUUGCUUUAGCGUGUGAACCUCCUACAGUUGGCCCUUGCGAGUUGGGUUUGGUUUGCUUUUUCUUUCUUUUUAAUUUUAUUUUCUUUUAAAGAGUAAUUCCUUGGCUUGUGAGCUGGGACGCGGGAUCCGAGCACAAGCGGAACCGUUUUGCCUGCGCAACGCCGGCGAUGGUUGUGGAGCCCCGGCGCUGCUGCGCGGUCGGGUCGGGUCGGUCCUCCAUGGGAGCCACCGGCAGCACCGCGCUCCAAAGAGUCCCGAGAGUGCAGAUGGAGGAGGGAAGCCGAGGCUGCCUUGGUCUUCCCCUGUAGAUGGGAGCUAAAUGUAUGGACCAUUAAGCGUUGAUUAACGACGAGUAGUUGAUAAACGUGCUUUAAGCAGUGGCAUCAGACACUACGUUCCUUAGCAUUAGAAAUCUGAUUUAACGAAACAAACUGUGACAUGCACAAAAAGAAGACGUUUGUUUUUAUUUUUCACUGCCAGCUUAAAUUUUUCUACAAUUUGCAUGUUUGAGGGUUUUUUAAUUGUAUGUAUUACGGUAUAAGCGGAAGCAUUUUGACAUACAGAAUUCGGAAGCACCUGCACCUUUCUGUUUCCAUAGAGGUUUUGUGAACCUGCCCUAUGACCUAAGGAAAGCAGGAGGCAGCAUGUGCAGACCUGUAAAUGGUUCAUCUUUAAAAUGUACAUACGUGGAACAUUUAAUAAAACCAGGGAAAUGGAUUUAUAAACACGCGUUUUUAUUACGGAGAGCUGCCCAGCCGCUGGGAUGCCGCCGUGCCUCAGGAGGACGUGGAGCAGAGCAGAGCUCCGAGAUUGGAGCGCGGCGUAACGCCUGGGGCAGGAUUCUGUCGGUGGUAGCAAUGCCACCCGUAGCGUUCAUAAACGGUGUGGGGCCGAGAAAUUCCCACUUCCAGAGGAUGUGGCACGAGCUGCACUAAGUGGGUUAUUGCAACGCCCCACUGCCGGAGCAACUCGUGCUCCCGUACAUUUCUCUUUAAUUAGGGCAAGUGGUGAAGCAGCUGUGCAUUUCACUCAGGACUCAGCACAUGGGAAGUGAACAGGCAUCAGCCAGGACCAGAACCAACUCAGGUCCCACAGUGAGUCCUUCAGCUGCCAUCAGCGCCACCUGGGAACACAGAAACCUCCACUACAACACAGAGGGGGAAAAAGCUUUGUCACCUUUGGCAGAAAUGAGCUCACGGUGUAAAAGGAGGCAGUGAAAGAGCACUUUGACCCAAGAUGGUCUGAUAAAGGCACGGCCAAGGGGAGGAGGACUGUAAUUGUCUUCAGUGGAGCACAACGCCUACCAGAAAACGGUUCGGCAAACAAACAACAAAAGAACAUUUUU